CGGCGUACGUGGAGUGAUCCCAGCCAGUUACUGCCGGAGGAAAAAGCAGUCGGCCGCCUGUGUAUGAAGACAAGUCGGAGGCAGCUAUGUCUUCAGCGGUGGAUCUCAAGACUAAGGAGGAGAAGGACGCGGAGUUGGACAGACGAAUCGAAGCUCUGAGGAAGAAGAAUGAAGCUCUGGUCAAGAGGUACCAGGAAAUAGAGGAAGACAAAAAGAAGGCAGAGCAGGAGGGCAUCGCCGUGACAACACCCCGGAAGCCCCGCCCCCAUGAGCCGGAGACGGACAAGAGGAAGACGGAGAAAGAAAACUUCACUGUCACAGUCGACCUUUCUAAGCAGACGGGGGACAAGAGAGUCGUAAACGACUGGAAACCUGGAACGCCCCGCGGCCGGAAGACAUCAGAGGAAAGCGACGGCCACAGAGGAGGUCCGAACGAUGGCGGCCACAGAGGGGGUCCGAACGAUGGCGCUGUGAACUUUCCCGAGUUGUUUUUGGUCUGA